AUGACGACGACCAUCCUCAACGAGUUCCAGGAAAAGGCCCAUCCUCGGAUCCUGUGCCUCUUUGAUGUCGACGGCACCCUGACUCCCGCCAGGCAGGAUGUCUCGCCCCUCAUGCUGAGGACGCUGGCCCGGCUUCGCAACCACUGCGUCACUGGUGUCGUCGGCGGCAGCGACAUUCUCAAGAUCCGCGACCAGUUCAAGACGGCCGGACAGGACCUCGUCGAGCUGUUCGACUACGUCUUUGCCGAAAAUGGACUGACCGCCUUCAAGCUCGGCCAGCCCCUCGCGAGCCAAUCGUUUAUCGGGUGGCUCGGCGAGGAGCGAUACCAGAAGCUCGUCAAGUUCUGCCUCAAGUACAUUUCCAACCUCGACAUCCCCGUCAUGCGUGGCACGUUCAUCGAGUUCCGCAACGGCAUGAUCAACAUCAGCCCCAUUGGCAGGAACGCUUCCAUCGCCGAGCGAAACACGUUUGAGGAGUACGACCGCGAGCACCAGAUCCGUGCCAAGUUUGUCGAGACGCUGCGCAGCGAGUUCAGCGACUACGGCCUGACGUUCAGCAUCGGCGGCCAGAUCAGCUUCGACGCCUUCCCGCACGGCUGGGACAAGACGUUUGCGCUGCGACACGUUGUACGCGACGGCAAGACCGAGGCUGGAAGCACCACGGCCGCCGACCUGGGCUGGGACGAGAUCCAUUUCUUUGGCGACAAGACGUACAAGGGCGGCAACGACCACGAAAUCUUCUCGGAUGUGCGCACCGUCGGCCACACCGUCACCAGCCCAGAGGACACGAUCCGCCAGCUGGCCGAGCUGUUUGGCGUCCGCGCCGACUAG